AUGGGUGACUACGGCACUGCUGCUCCAUAUAUAACCCCCGCUCCUGUCGGCAACAGCCCACCACAAUCCUCGGCUUCGCUUAAUGAGAUAUCCGUCCUGAUAACAGGCUUUGGGCCCUUCAAGACCAACCUUGUGAAUGCGUCAUAUCUGAUCGCUUCCUCUCUUCCAUCAUCUUUCCUUUUCCCGUCUAAAGACCAGGACUCGGACCCACGUCGAGUCUCACUCCAUGUGCAUCCUACUCCGAUCCCAGUGGCGUAUGCCACUGUUCGAGAGGCCCUUCCCUUAAUUCUGGAGGAGUUUGCUGCCAAUCAUGGUGGUCGCAGACCUGAUCUCAUUAUUCAUAUUGGCAUCGCAGCUCCGCGGCAAUAUUACUCCGUCGAAUGUUUAGCCCAUCGAGAUGACUAUAACAUUACCGAUGUCAAUGGUCGCCCCGGCUAUGUGGAUGGCGAGAAGCGAUGGAAAGGGUUGGGGCUGCCGCCGAUUCUGAUCCCAGGUCGUGCUACAGAUGAUCCCUCCUCUGCUUCGCCUUACCAGCCCGACGACCAGUUCCUGGAGACGUGGCGCUCGUUUGCUCCCGAGUCGGACCUCCGGAUCUCAAAGGACGCGGGUCACUACCUGUGCGACUUCAUUUUCUACACCAGCAUGUCUUUAGCCCAAUUACAAGGCCAGGAUCGUAAUGUCCUGUUCCUCCAUGUCCCUGGGGGGUCUGAGGAUGCGAAUAUUGAGCAAGGCCGGGUUGUCACACUCGCCCUAAUUAAGGCAACGGUCGCGUGCUGGUUCGAUAAGAAGCAUUCGGCAUAA